UUCCACCCACUCAGAUGAAGUACAAGCAUGAAAAUCUAGCACCAAUUCCAAGAUCCAUCUUAAAAUGGGGAAAGCCUUAAAACCCCCAAAACCUUACUGAAUCCAUAUAUAUAUAACCCUCCGUCCGUCCUCUUACUCUCACCAACACUAAUCUAUUCCCCCCUCUGCCUCUGCCUUUCUCCCUCUUGCAGACUGUUUGUCUACCGUGAUAAAUCAUGCCUUGUCAAGUGAUGCAAGAGAAAACCCUUCAAAGCUUUUAUGCCGCGGGAAGGGAAAAGUCGACAGAAAACAGUCCUUGCUCUCCUGGAAGGUUGGAGGGAAGAGUAGCAGUGGUCACAGGUGGUGCUCGAGGAAUUGGAGAGGCAACAGUAAGGCUUUUUGCAAGACAUGGUGCCAAAGUAGUGAUUGCUGAUGUUGAGGAUACUCUCGGAACUUUGCUAGCAAACUCACUAGCCCCUUCAGUUUCCUUUGUUCAUUGUGAUGUUAGCUUAGAAGAAGACAUUGAGAACCUGAUAAACUCCACAGUUUCUCACUAUGGUAAGCUAGAUGUUCUUUUCAACAAUGCUGGGGUGCUUGGAAAUCAAUCGAAGAACAAGAGCAUUGUCAAUUUUGAUGCUGAAGAAUUUGAUCGUGUCAUGCAAGUGAAUGUUAGAGGCGUGGCACUAGGAAUUAAGCACGCGGCAAGAGUGAUGAUUCCUAGAGGAGUUGGGUGUAUUAUUUCCACAGCCAGUGUAGCUGGUGUCAUGGGAGGGCUUGGUCCUCAUGCCUAUACAGCUUCGAAGCAUGCCAUUGUUGGGCUCACAAAGAACACAGCAUGUGAGCUUGGCAGGUAUGGGAUUCGAGUCAAUUGCAUCUCUCCAUUUGGGGUGGCUACAUCUAUGCUUGUUAAUGCGUGGAGAAGUGGCGAUGAAGAGGAAGAUUGCUUGAACUUUGGAUUGCCUUGUGAAAAGGAAGUGGAGAAGAUGGAAGACUUUGUUAGAGGCCUGGCUAACCUAAAAGGUCCAACUCUAAGGGCUAGAGAUAUAGCCGAGGCUGCACUUUAUCUAGCUAGUGAUGAAUCCAAGUAUGUUAGUGGUCAUAAUCUUGUCGUGGAUGGUGGAAUUACCACUUCAAGAAAUUGUGUUGGCUUGUAAUAUUUGGAGAAUUAGUCUCCCUCUCUCUCUCUCUCUCUCUCUCUGUCUCUUGUAACUUCAUCGGUUGACAAAGCCUUGUUGUAUAAUUUCUAUCCAAUCAAUUAAUUAGUUUUCAAAAAAUUGGAUACUUUAACUCAAAACGACACAUGUAGUAAGUAAUUGCUUCGAGUUCUUCAACUUUUUAAAA